AUGGUUAACUACAAGAUUAACAGCUUAAAAACAUUCAAUCCAACUAUCAAUAAAAUACUUAAGGAGGAUCUUUAUGAUACAGAAGAUAUUUCUGAGAAAGAGAGAAGGUUUUUUAUGAAGCACAAACCUGCUCAGAGAAUUUCUAGAGUGGAUCUUACUCCUGGUGAUAUUGUUGUUGUUUUGGAAGGAGUGCACAUGGGUAAGCGAGUUGUAUUCAUUAAACAACUAUCAGAAUUUAAAGCACUCGUCUCUGGAAUUAGCUCUCUCAAUGGUGCUUCUCUUUUUAAAAUAGAUGAGAGAUAUCUUUUCAAAUUAAGAUCCAAAGUUGAGGUUUCUGAUUUCAAUUUGAAUGUUGAGAAUGUAUAUGAAAGUAAACCCAAUGAGAACAAGAAGGUUGAUGUUGAUCUUUCAUCUGAGGAGAAGGAAUUUGAAAGAUUACUCUUGGGUUCUAUUUCCAAAGUCCCGUACAUGAAAACAUAUCUUUCUGAGGCAUUUAAAAUUGAUCAUAGUGUUGAAUUCUAUUCUCAAGAAUAUUAA